AUAUUGAUAGAGAAAUUUGUAAUGAUGGGAAAAAGUUAGAAGUUCUAUUGUUAAAUAAAGAUGAAUUAUUAGGUCUUAAAGAGCUCGUAAAUUUAUUAGAGCCUUUUGCACAAGCAACAUCCUUAAUGUAUGGUAAUACAUAUCCUACACUCUCUCUUAUGCUUCCAAUGAUUACAACUCUUCAAGAAUACUUAUUUAAAGUGGAAUCUAAACUAAAUCAUCAAGCAGUUCAUGAAGUUAGGGAUGAGAUAGAACUUAAUAUAGCUGAUCGAUGGGAAGACCCAAAAAUAGAAGGAUAUUUAGCUGCAAUCUUGGACCCUAGAUUCAAAAAUUUCAAAUUCGCUCCUGAAAAAUUCGAAGAGAUAAAAAAAUAUCUCAAACAUAAAAUGCAAGCAUUAGAUGAGAAUGAAUUUUUGAAUGAGCAACCAACAACAAAAUCGUCCUCAAAAUUAGCUUCUUUUUUUAACAACGUUACUAUCACUAAAAAAACCUCACCAGUUGAUACAGAAUUAAAAACAUACUUUGAUUUGCCUCAAAUGAUACUGUAUGAUUCUGAUGAUCCAGAAUAUCAAACUAAAAACCCACUUUCUUGGUGGCAGUUAUAUUCAACAAC